UGCUCUCUACAUCCGCAACAUACACCAAAAAGGCUGCUUUCUCUCUCUUCUUUUUUUUAUUAUAUAUACACCAAACCAAGCCUCCCUACUACUCUUCAUCGCUCCAUUCAUUUCUCUCACUCAAGCUCUGUGAUUCCUCUGUUUCUCUCUUUGUUCACAGAUAUGAGGAAUAUUGGGAGGAUGGGAAUCCGUUACCUGCACAAUCUAAAUGCUGCAAAUGUUCCAAAUGAAUUGAUAGAAAAUGGCCAAAAGCGUGUCAUAGAAGCUUCCCUUACUCUUAUUCGUGAGAGGGCAAAGCUUAAGGGAGAGCUAGUUCGGGCUCUGGGAGGAGCAGUAGCAUCAGCAUCUCUUCUUGGAAUUCCUCUGGGACAUAACUCAUCAUUUCUGCAGGGGCCAGCAUUUGCUCCUCCUCGCAUAAGGGAGGCAAUCUGGUGUGGCAGCACAAACGCCACUACUGAAGAAGGGAAAGAAUUAAAUGAUCCACGGGUCUUAACUGAUGUCGGUGAUGUUCCUGUCCAAGAGAUACGAGAUAGUGGUGUAGAUGACGACAGAUUGAUGAAUACUAUAUCUGAAUCUGUCAAGCUAGUGAUGGAACAGGAUCCAUUGCGCCCUUUAGUUUUGGGGGGUGACCACUCAAUAUCGUAUCCCGUUGUAAAAGCUGUAUCUGAGAAGCUUGGAGGACCUGUGGAUAUUCUUCAUCUUGAUGCCCAUCCUGAUAUCUACCAUUGUUUUGAAGGAAACAAAUAUUCUCAUGCAUCAUCAUUUGCUCGCAUUAUGGAGGGUGGUUAUGCACGGAGGCUUUUGCAAGUUGGUAUUAGAUCAAUAACAAGUGAAGGCCGUGAACAAGGGAAAAGAUUUGGCGUGGAGCAAUUUGAAAUGCGAUCAUUUUCAAAAGAUCGUUACUUUUUGGAGAACCUGAAACUUGGGGAAGGUGUGAAGGGCGUGUACAUUUCAGUGGACGUGGACUGUCUCGACCCUGCCUUUGCUCCCGGAGUCUCUCAUAUUGAACCAGGAGGCCUCUCUUUCCGUGAUGUUCUCAACAUACUCCACAACCUUCAAGCUGAUGUUGUUGCCGCAGAUGUAGUUGAGUUCAACCCACAACGUGACACUGUUGACGGGAUGACUGCUAUGGUUGCUGCCAAAUUGGUCAGAGAACUGACCGCAAAGAUCUCAAAAUGAACAAUUUUUUGAAUCUUUGUUAAAAAAAACACCAUGAUUCACCCAAAAUUUUCUACGAGCCAUUCUAGUAUUUGUAAUCUUUGUUCAACAUUCAGUUACAUGAUAGCUAAUCUCAUUGAGUCCGAUGCAUUUUGUUACUGUUAUUGCUUGCAGUGGGCAUAUUUUGUACUUUGUACAAUAGAGAGGCUGAUAUCUAUGAACAACCUUAUCAAAUUCAAUAAUUUCUCUCGUUUUCUUUUGGA